CUCCCCCAUCUGCGUGGGCUGCAUGAGCUUCGGCUCCCCGGGCAAGCCCUUAGAAUGGACAAUCCCGGAAGAAGAAGCCCUCCCCGUCCUCGACCACUGCUACCGGUCGGGCCUCAACUUCUACGACACAGCCAAUAUGUACUCUAAUGGUGACUCGGAGGUUAUUCUCGGAAAGGCAAUCAAGCAGUACAACUGGAGCCGCGAGAGCAUCGUCAUCGCCACCAAGGUGUGGGCGCCUGUCGGACGGGGCUCGGAGAGACCACUUGGCAUGUCCCAAGAGGAACGCGAUAACAAUGGAUAUAUAAACCAGUACGGAUUAAGUCGGAAACAUAUCUUCGACAGCAUUGAUGCAAGCCUGAAGAGGCUCGAUCUGCCGUACGUCGACCUGCUGCAGAUCCAUCGCUUUGAUCCCAAUACAUCGCCCAAGGAGACCAUGGAGGCUCUCCACGAUGUCGUGAAGUCCGGAAAAGUCCGGUAUAUUGGUGCUUCGUCGAUGUUUGCGCACCAGCUGCUAGAGUACCAGUACACUGCUCGGAUGAAUGGAUGGACGGAAUUUAUCACGAUGCAGAAUCUGUAUAACGCUGCUUACCGCGAGGAGGAGCGGGAGAUGUUCCCUGCGCUCCAGAAGUUCGGGAUGGGCUGUAUCCCCUGGAGCCCCAUUGCUAUGGGGCUUCUAGCAAGGCCAUGGAAUAGCAAUGACACUGCUCGUGGGGAGUCCCUGAAAGGCGGCUUCAUGGGAAACCCUUUCACUGACGCGGAUAAGAAGAUUAAUGAGAAGGUUGGAGAGAUUGCUGCUAGCCGUGGGGUUUCCAUGGCUACUGUUGCGCUCGCUUGGGUGUUGUCGAAGCCCUUCAUCACCUCGCCGAUUGUGGGAAUGAGCAAAAAGGAGAGAGUGGACGAGGCUGUCCAGGCUAUUGAUUUCAAGCUCAGCGAGGAGGAGAUAAAGAGUAUUGACGAUUUGUAUGAGCCUAAGAAGAUUAUGGGCCACAGCUGAAUGGGCGUUCAGCAUAUAUCUACCCAUGUCAGCUAAUGCGUCCUUCGGGGGCUUGAACAUCCAAUGAGAUGAAAGCAAAAACUCCAGGUCUCUGGCUAUGUAUCUAA